AAAAAAAAUUCUAGGUAAUUCCUACCUUCCGUUUUUUUUUAUUUCGCGGUUAACGCGCGUGAUUCAUAAACUCGUAUUUAAGAUACAACAAGAAAGCGAAGAAAAUACUGCCGUGCAUUGAACCUGCUGAAAACGCUGGCCACCAAGUAAUCAGUUAACAACAUGGACAACAACAUCUGUGCAAUAGUCGAAUACGAAUAUGCGGCCAAGGAGCCGGACGAGCUGGAUCUCCAGAAAGGUGCCAUUAUCCAUCGGAUCAAGCAGAUGCCCGGCGGCUGGUGGCAGGGCACUUUGAAGUCCUCCGGGACUACGGGCAUGUUUCCGGACAACUUUGUCCGUGUGCUGGAGUCCGGAAUCAGCAGUAAUGGCAACGGGACCACUGGGAGUGGCGACCAUAUCGACGAGGCAACAGCUGUGCAACUGAGGGACAAAUCCGCGACAUCGAAUCGCCGCUGCAAAGUCAUCUACAGUUACACACAAGUCAACGACGACGAACUGACGCUCGCCGUGGGUGAUGUCAUUGAAUUCCUAGGGGAGGUCGAGGAAGGCUGGUGGCGCGGUCGUCUGCGCAGCAAAGUCGGCGUCUUCCCAUCGAACUUUGUGCAACAUAUCGAGCCGUCUCCCAUUUUGGCCUCCAAACGGCCACCGACAAUUGGCGCCACCGUGACCACAUCGUCGCUGACGUCCAAGGCGGCGAAUGUUGCGAAUGUGGCAGCCACAUCCACAGUUUCAACUGGAGGAGGAGGAACCUCUGGCACCACUGGCACAACCAACAACUCAACAGCCAAGCAGGCAACCAAGAGCAGAGUAAAUACUGCAGGAUCUUCAGCUCCAGCGGAAACAGCGGCCAUAGUUUCGGGAUCGGUAUCAGGAUCUGGAGCAGCAUCUGCAGCACCUGCAGUAGUUCCAAUGCUGCCACCCAAACCACAGCGGGAAUUCUGCCGGGUGGAGUUCCCCUACGCCCCGCAAAACGAUGAUGAACUGGAGCUUAAAGUGGACGACAUAAUCACAGUGAUCACCACGGAAUUGCCCGAUAAAGGCUGGUGGAAAGGAGAAAUCCGCGGAAAAGUGGGCGUUUUUCCCGAUAACUUUGUGAAAAUGCUGGCACCCUCGGAAGUUGCUCCGAUCAACGAGCCACCAACCACAACCACACAGCCUCAAAAUCAGAGGAAGAUCAGCAACACCGCCAGCACCGCCAGCCACAUGACCACAACGAACUCCAGCAACUCCAGCAGCACCACCUCGGUGACCACGCAGCAGCAGAAGGAGCAGAUCGGAUCCACCACCUCGAAGGUGUACAUCAAGAAGACCGGGAGCAGCAGCAACAGCACCACCAGCAGCACCACCACAGCCUCGUCCUCGGCGGGUCGCAAGGAGAGCUUCGGAUCCCGUGAUUCCCUCAACGAUAUCCUGAGUGAAACGGGUCUGCCCACCGGCAAUGUGGCCGCCCAAAGGAAGUCCCUGGAGAACAAGAACCUGGAUCUGACCAAACCGCCGGGUGUCGGCGCCUCAGUGGUUGCCAUUGGACAGCAGAGGAGCAGCACCUCCAGUGCCACCACCACCACCUCCUCCUCAGCCACCACGAUAUCCACCGGACUGACCUCCUCGUCGGUGAGCAAAUCCAUGGAGAACAUGCUGGACGAGAAGGUCAAGUCGCCACCGCCGCCGGUGCUCAGCAAGAAGCCAAGCGUGCCGCUCAAGAAAACUCCCACGGGUGGGGUGCCUGUGGCCGGUAAUCUUCUGGGCGGCAAGCAGAAGAAGAAUCCCGAGGGCAAGCUCACCACUGCUGUGUCCCAUGAUUUGGCGGAUGGUCUGACGGCGAGUAAGAUGCUCUCAGGUGCCAAUCAACUACCGGAAUCCGGAGCAGCUGGCAACGUGGUGAUCCGGAGGGCAGCUACCAUCGCGGUGGAGGAUACAGACUUCGAUCGCGUGGAGCGUUCCUCGAUACUUACGGAUAUGCGGCAGGGAAGGGUCAAAGCGCCCAAGAGACGUCCUCCAUCGGCGGCUAUAAACGUGCUGGGCGAGAGCAAUAAUAAUUCCGUAUACGUAAAUGGCAGUGGAAUGGCUGGAGGAGGAGGAAGUGCCAGUGAGCUGAGUGAAGAUGGCGGUGCUGGAGGAAAAACCUCUGAUGACAACUCGACGGGCGAGGAACCACAGUUGGCCAAACCGAAGCCACGCGAGUGGGAAAAGAAGAAGGCGCCCUGGAUGGAGGAGCUGAAGGCCUCGCAGGUCACGCGGAAGAAGACCUCGCCCAGUGUGGAGCCCCGCGGAGCUUCGGUGGCCGAAAGGGCCUCCAAACUCUUUGCGGCCGAGCAGGCCAUCAGCAGUAGCAGCAGCAGUACCACAACGAAAGUGCAAUCUUCGGCGGUGACAUCAUCGAUGUUUGUGGAGAAUUCAACGACCAGCAGUUCGGUGACCACCAGCAGCACUAGCAGCACCACCACCAAUGAUGCCAUCAUGUCGCGCAGCCUGACGGCAGCGGCCAAGCAGGUCCAAGCAGUCAGCAGUGACGAGGAGACGAGAGCCACGAGGCCAAAUAGUCUGGCUAUACGAAAUCAACGAAGUGUUUCACCUCUGGUUAAGAGCUCCAAUGCCAGCAGUUCGCAGUCGCAGGAGGAGAAGGAGAAGGAAAAGGAGAAGCCCGCCUCCAACCAACUGAAUAACCAUCAGGAUGCCAGCUCCACGAGGGUAGCCCAACUGGAGCAGCGGGUGGAUAAGCUGGAGGGCCUGGUGCUCAAUCAACAACGAACCAUCGAGGAGCUGGUAAAUGCCCUGAAAUCCGAGGCCGAACGCGUCAAGAUUUUAAGGAGCGAACUGGACAAAUACGCGCAGUGCGUGACGCAAGUUUGAGCCUAGUUAGAAUCGCCUUUUAGCUAGCCUUUUGAGUCCUUGAUUUUUUAAAGCGUGUGCUGAACAACUCUACAAUAUACAUACAACAUACCCAGGCCUAAAAACGUAGAACGUAGUAGAGUAGUAGAGACCGAACCCAAGACAAUCCCAAAUAUCUGUACUCUGUGUUCUGUACUUAUAUAUACACCAGAAUGAUCUACCCAAAACCGCUAGCGAUCAAUCGUUUUUGCAUGCCAAAACCGUUUCGUUUCUCGCUGUAAUACCUUGUAUUCCCAACCAACCCCUGUAUAUCUGAUAAUUUCGAUAAGUAUUUUUUAUACACUCGUACAUUCCGAAAAGCUAAAGAGUGUGAUUUAUUUUAGCUGCUUUCGAUUGCGACUUGUUUUGUUUAUACGAUUUAUGAUUAUUUUUUAAAGAUGUAUUAAAGUUAUGAGUAAACUGUACUAUAAACUAUAUCCUAAACGUGAGAGAGAAAUAUACAAAGUGCGAUGGAGUUUAUAACGAUGAUGAUGAUGAUGCCUAAAACUUAAGCAAUACCAAUAAAUAAUGCAAAUAAAUACUUCAAUGUUUUCUGAA